AUGUCGGCCCCAACCCUAUCCCGUACUUCCACCCGCCUAACCCACCGCCUUCUCAACCCUCAGCCUCCUUACCGCUGCCUCUCCUGCUGCCGCUAUCUCGCCCAAUCCCAAGAGCCCGCAAACCACUCUGGCCCAACACCGACUACACACUUCGGCUUCCAAACCGUCCCCUCGUCCUCAAAACAAUCACGUGUCGCUAACGUUUUCACGUCCGUCGCCUCCUCCUACGACACCAUGAAUGAUCUCAUGUCCCUCGGUACCCAUAGACUCUGGAAAGAUUAUUUCGUGCGGUCUAUAAACCCUGGUACACGAGAUUGUGAGGAGGGAAAAGGGAGGGGCCAAACAAUUUUAGACAUUGCGGGUGGAACCGGGGACAUAGCCUUCAGGAUGCUGGAGCAUUGUACUGUUGUUAAUAAAGACCAUGCUUCGAAGAUUAUCGUCAGCGAUAUCAAUCCAGACAUGCUGGCCGAAGGCAAACGGCGCGCGAGAGAAGGCGGACACGACCACUCUGGCCGCCUCAGCUGGCUCGAAGCCAAUGCCGAAAACCUGCACACAAUCUCCGAUAACAGCAUCGACCUCUACACCGUCGCCUUUGGCAUCCGCAACUUCACCUCCAAAGCCCUCGCCCUGCGCGAAGCUUUCCGCGUCUUGAAACCCGGUGGUGUCUUCGCAUGUUUGGAAUUCAGCAAGGUGAAUAAUCGGCUUUUUGAGGCGGUUUAUAAGAGGUGGAGUUUCGGUGCUAUCCCGCUGAUUGGGCAGUUGGUGGCAGGGGAUCGCGAGAGUUAUCAGUACUUGGUGGAGAGUAUUGAAAGGUUUCCAGGGCAGGAGGAGUGGAAGGGUAUGAUUGAGGAGGCGGGAUUUCUGUUGCCCGGUGGAGAGGAGGGUAAAGGGUGGGAGGAUUUAAUGGGCGGGAUUGCGUGUGUGCAUAAGGGGGUGAAGCCAUUGGGGUGA